AAACCCAUGUUGCACCCCCUUCGUGCAACACAAACCAUGGGCAAAACGGUAAUUUGGUGUAGAGCCAACGCAUCUCCGAUCAUAACACUGGGGGAGGCGCUGCCAUGGCUUCGGAUGAACCUUCGAUUUUCUUGAGCCCCAAACUCAAGAACACAUCUUAUAAUUAUUAGAAUCUUUCAGAAAGGAAAAAUAGAAGGUAAAUCCCCAAAUUUUGCAAAAAUAACCUAACCGUAAUUUUUUCUAAAAGACGAUUCAGCUUCGUAUAAACCCUCGGAGGACAAAUUUUGCACGCGAUUCGCAGUUACAGCUAAAGGGAUUUGUUUCCAUGUGCUGUGGCACUACAGUCUUGUCAUGCACACCUGUGUUUACAGGUCUUGUAACACACAGAAGACUGUUAUAAAAAAAUCGAUGCAAUGGCAUCAUCUGGUAAAUUUGACUUGUCAACUGUUAGCCCGGAUAGGCCACUGUACAAUUCAGCACAGCGUGGGUCCUACACAUCCGCUUCACUGGACAGAUCAUCAAGCUUCCGUGACAACAACAACAACAACAUGGAAAAUCCAAUCCUAUCAUCUCUCCCAAGCAUGUCAAGAAGCACCUCAACCGUGACACAAUUGGAUGUAACUAACUUUUUACAAUGCUUACGGUUUGACCCAAAGUCAAUGGCUGUUGACCAUAAGUUUAAUCGCCAUGGAGAUUUUAGAAGACUUGCAAGUGCUGUUCUUGGUUCACCAGAUGAGUCACCAUCAUCCAAAACCAAGCUCCCUAAUUCCUCCCCUGAUGAUCUCAAACGACUAAAAGCUGGUCUACGUGAAUCCACCAUCAAAUCCAGGGAAAGAGUGAAGGCCUUCAGUGAGACACUGUCAGUGAUCAACAAGUUUUUUCCGAGUAUUCCUUCUAGGAAGAGAUCACGUGGGCCCGAUGGUUUACCUGGUGAUCGUUCUACUGGCUUACUCUUGAAUCGUGCGCCUAUGGGGACACCUAAGAUGGGGGCACACACACAAACUCAUUCCCUCUCAAAUUCGUUUGACUUUGACCAGCAGAAGGUCGAAGAGAGGGGUAAAAACGUCAUUCCUAACAAACGAACCAGAACUUCAAUGGAGGUGCGGCCCAACACUCCUGCUAGAUCAUCUGGAAAUGUAGAUAGAGAUAAAGAACCAUUAAGACUUCCCACCAGUAAUGAGGAUAGAGCAUCAUUGCCCAUUGUAGCUGAUGGUUGGGAAAAGUCAAAAAUGAAGAAGAAGCGUACUGGAAUAAAAGUUGAUGCUUCUCCAAGUCCAAGCUCAGGGUCAACAAAACCUAUUGAUGGAUACAGGGAACCCAAACAAGGAAUGCAUCCAAGGCAUGUUCCUGAUGGUAUCACACGCUUAAAUGAUUCCCAUGGCUUCAGGCCAGGAGCUGCUAAUGGAGUAGCUGGAGGCGGAAAAGCUGAAGUCAUGCGCCCUUCCAUUCCAAGACCUGAGAUUGAGAACACAUCUCUUCUCCAAAGAGAUAGAAGCACCAGUUCAGAGAAGGAAAGGACAAAACGGUCAAAUGUACGUGAAGAAUUUGCAUCAGGUAGUCCCACCUCCAGCACAAAGCUCCACACGAAUGCUCGAGGUCCAAGAUCCGGGUCAAAUGUUGUACCGAAAUCCUCAGUUUCAAUGGGUCAACGUGCAACUAAUAAUGAUUGGGAGUUGACUCAUGGUACAGUUACAAACAAGAACCCGGGUCAAUUUGGGUCGGGUAACCGGAAACGGACACCCGCAACACGGUCAUCAUCGCCACCUGUCACACAGUGGGCUGAGCGGAGACCACAAAAGAUGUCACGUACAGCUAGACGAACCAAUUUACUCCCAAUUUUACCCACUAAUAAUAACGAUGAAACACCGGGUUUGGAUACGAGUGAUGUCACUGGUGGUAGUCCAAGUGGGCCCUCUGGGUUUUCCAAACGGUUUGCAAGUUCUCCUCAGCAGUUCAAAUCGAAAGGCGAUCAUUUUGCUUCUUCUACUUUGUCUGAAAGUGAAGAGUCUGGGGCUGCUGAAAUUAGAUCUAGGGAUAAGGGUAAGAAGUGUGAUGAAGAAGGAAAAGGGGAACAGAAUAUUCAUAAUAAAAUGUCAACUUUAGUCUUGCCAACCAGAAAGAAUAAGAUUGUGAAUGGGGAAGAUAUUGGUGAUGGUGUUCGUAGACAAGGGAGAACCGGGGGCCGGGGUUUUGGUUCUGUGCGUGCUGGUGCACCACAUGCGGUUGACAAGAUUCGCAAUGUGGGGACCGCAAAACAACUUAGAACAGCUCGAGUUGGUUUUGAUAAGUCUGAAAGUAGAACCGGUCGGCCUCCCACGAGGAAGCUCUCUGACCGCAAAGCUUAUACGCGUCAGAAACAUACCACCGCAAUCAAUUCAGCAGCUGAUUUUCUUGUUGGAUCUGAUGAUGGACAUGAAGAGCUUCUGGCUGCAGUUAAUGCGGUUAUUAAUCCUAAUCUAGCAUUGUCCAGCCCAUUCUGGAGGCAGAUGGAACCACUGUUUGGGUUUGUAUCUGACGUGGACAUGUUGUAUUUAAAGCAACAGGGAAGUAUUCAGGCUGCUGUUAUAGAUAGUGGUGGUGCACUUUCUAAUGGAACAGAAAGCAGAAGCCCUGAACAUUUUGCAAGUCCAGGGGAGAUGCAGAUUCCCCUGUGUCAGAGACUUCUUGCUGCUUUAAUCUCAGAAGAAGGAAACAUUGAUGAACAUAAUUAUCAUGUUUAUGGAUCUGGAUCCGGAUUUGAGUUUGAAACAGAUAUGGAAUCAAAUCAUCGGUCAACUUUCAGUGGUCAUGGUCAUAGGAUAAAUAAUCAUGUGAUGUCCAUACCAGAUUCAGGUUUUGAUACUUCCUACAAUGGUCUGCUUUCAGAUCUAGCAAUGACACCUGGCAGUGCCACCACCUUAUCUGAAUAUCAAUAUAGUAACAUGUCGGUAAAUGAAAGACUUCUUAUUGAAAUUCAGAGUAUUGGAAUUUAUCCAGAGCUAGUGCCUGAUUUACCAAAAGGGAAUGAAGGCAUCAGUGCAGAAAUUAGUCGACUUGAAGAAAAACACCACGAACAGGUUUCCAGGAAGAAAAGUCUGCUUGAUAACCUUAUGGAGUUCACCAAUGAAACAAGAGAGCUUCAAGAAAAGGAAUUUGAACGACAUUGUCUGGAAAAACUCACUGCAAUGGCAUACCAAAAGUACAUGAGUUGUUGGGGUCCACAUGGGCCCGGGGGAAAAGGUGUGGGUAGCAAAAUGGCGAAACAAGCUGCUUUAGGUUUUGUGAGACGAACACUUGACCGAUGCCAUGAGUUUGAAACAACAGGCAAAAGCUGCUUCAAUGAGCCUUUAUACAAAGAAAUGUUCCAUAACAGAUCUUCACACUUAAACGACACACAAAUCGAUAACGAAUUUGAUAAAAUAUAUGCUUCAGGUGUACAAGUACAAAGCCCUUCGUUGAACAACAACAACCACAACCACAACCACGACAUAUAUUCUUCUGAUUCGUUUCAUUUACCUGAUCAAACUAUUGGGAAAGAUGAUGUAUGGUCGAGCAGGGUAAAAAAGAGAGAGUUAUAUCUAGAUGAUGUUGUUGCGGGUACUUCUUCUUCUUCGGGAAUACCCUCGGGAUUUGGAGCCACAAUUUUAAACAGUGCAAAAGGAAAGAGGAGUGAGAGGGAUAGAGAAGGGAAGGGUAGCGGCGUCAUUUCAAGAAACGGUCCCCCCAAAAUCGGUCGCCCGGCAUCCGUGAAGGGGGAAAGAAAAACGAAAACGAAAUUGAAGCAAAAAACAACGGCUUCUCUUAACGGUCCGGUGGGAAGGACGAAUUUGCCCUCGGCGGUUGUUAAGUUGGAAAAUAGCAUAAUUGUGAAAGAAAAGGAGGAGUAUUGUGAGGAGCCACUUGACUUUUCACAUCUGCCACUCCCGGAAAUGGAUGUGCUUGGUGUUGGUGAUGAUCUUGGUGAACAAGGGCAGGAUAUAGGGUCAUGGUUGAAUAUCGAUGAUGAUAUUUUACAAGAUGAUGACUUUUUGGGGCUUGAGAUUCCAAUGGAUGAUUUGUCGGAUUUGAAUAUGAUGGUUUAAACUUUUUAAAAAAAAAUGUUGUAUAAAAAACAUUUACACAGAUGAAAGAUGAUAAAGUGUUGGUGAGGACACAUGGCGGCCCGCGAUUGGGUGUGGGACCAGGGAUGGAUGGAUUAUUAUUUAAAAUAUAGUGACUUAGAAGUUUGUAAAAAAAUGUUUUGUUUUGUUUUUGGUUUUACUACUACGUAUAAGUUUUUAGUUGGUUUCUGGUGUCUCUCACUAUAUGUUAGGAAAACACGAAUUCCGGUUGUAGCAUUUAAAGAUGAGGGGACAAUGCCCCUACCCUACUUGUACAUACGAAUUAUGUUCUUAAUAAAAAUCAGUUCAUUCAUAUCAUAAAUCAUAAA